CCGUUAGUCCAGCAGUUGUCAUGAAAGCGCGGUUACACAGGCGACGAAAACUCAAAAUGGCGAAGAAAAGGUCAAUAGAAGAAGUGGAACCUUCUAACCAGUCUAAUGCACUACAGUCGAAGAAAAAGAAAACGAAAAAGGGAAAAUGGACCAACAAACAACGCGUGCUUGUGUUUUGCUCACGUGGUAUUUCACACAGAGCAAGGCACCUUAUGCUGGAUAUACAGACGUUGUUACCACACUCUAAAUCUGAAACCAAGCUUGACAGGAAAGACAAACUGUUUGUUGUAAAUGAGGUCUGUGAAAUGAAAAAUUGUAACAAGUGUAUCUUUUUUGAAAUGAGGAAAGGACAAGAUCUGUUUAUGUGGUUUUCUUGUACACCACAUGGUCCGUCUGCAAAAUUUUUAGUGGAAAAUGUGCACACUAUGGAUGAACUUAAAUUAACUGGAAAUUCUUUAAAAGGAUCAAGGCCUAUCUUAUCGUUUGAUAAGCUGUUUGAUGAAACACCUCACAACUCACUCCUCAAGGAAAUGUUUAUUCAGAUUUUUAGUACUCCUUGUUCUCAUCCCAAGAGUAAACCAUUUGUAGAUCACAUUUUAUCCUUUUCAAUAGAAGACAAUAGAAUUUGGUUCCGGAAUUUCCAGAUUGUUGAGGAAGAUGGGUCUUUACUGGAGAUUGGGCCACGGUUUGUGUUGAACCUCAUCAGAGUGUUUGAGGGAAGUUUUGGAGGAUCGACAUUAUAUGAAAAUCCACAAUAUCAAUCACCUAACGAGUAUCGUCGGAUGGUACGCAAACAAGCAGCACAGCGGUAUCGUGAUCGCGUGGAAUCGAGGCUAGCCCUCGAAGGUCGUCGAGAAACCAACAAAGAUCUUCCCCGCGACAUUUAUGACGUGGAUGACGUGUUUCAUACGAUUACCCAAUCAGAUAUCGACAUUGCCAAAGCUAGACAAGCUGGCAAGUCAAAGUGAAUUGUAGAGACAAGGAGAAGACGAGGGAAGUAGGCAAACAAGAAAAAUAAGAGGAUCUUUACGGGGUAAAAAGCCUGAAAAGUCUGAGAAAGGGUGAAAGUUUGGCCAGUUGGAGCAGAACUGUGUUUGUACGAGUCACCGAACAGAAUUCAUUCGUACGCGAUAUAAUACUCAUUACAAUGCGAUUGUUUAUAUAUUUAUGAACUCGACAAAUGUCCUUCAAUAAAUCUUGCCUCAAAUUUUUUUCAUAA